GACUAACUCCAUGGCAUGGCCCAGCCCAGCCCAACAACAACCAGCGUCGAGCACCUCCGUCUCCAUGGCAUGGCCCUUGCCACUCUCAUCGCCGGCGCCGCCACCGUGCACCAUAUACGGCAGCUCCACGCCCACGUCAUCACUUCUGGCCGCCUCCCGACCGUUGGCCCCAUCCUCCUCCCCCGCCUCAUUUCCCUGCCCUCCCCCGACCUCCAGCUCGCCCAGCGUCUCCUCCUGUCCCUCCCCUCCCCGCCCCUCGCGCUCUACAACCUCCUCCUUCCCCCGCUCGCCUCCUCGCUUGAACCAUCCGCCGCGGCCCGCCUCUUCCUCCACCUCCGCCGCAGCGGCCUAUUCCCCGACGCCCACACGCUCCCGCACGUCCUCAAGGCCCUCGCGGGUCUCGCCCCGGGCUCCCUCCCCCUCGUCGCCUCCACCCACGCGGAGGCCAUCAAGGAUGGCCUAGAGUGCGCCGUGGUCUACGUCCGGAACGCCCUCAUGGCCGCGUACUCUUCCUGCGGUCAUCUGGCGGGCGCCAUCCAGGUGUUCGACGAAAUGCCGCGCCGCACCGUGGUGUCCUGGAACACCGCGCUCACUGCCUGCGUGGACAACGACUACCACAGCGGUUGCGUCGGCCUGUUUUCUGCAAUGGUAGAAGCUGGGUUCCAUCCCGACCAGACCACGUUCGUGUGCAUGAUGUCCGCAGCUGCGGAGCUGGGCAACCUACCGCUUGGCAAGUGGGCGCACGGGCAGGUCGUCGCAAGGCGGUUGGACAUGACGCUUCAGCUUGGCACAGCAACAGUGAACAUGUACGCCAAGUGCGGCAUGGUAAGUUAUGCGAGGCGCUUGUUUGAAAGGAUGCCAGCGUGGAAUGUCUGGACUUGGAGUGCAAUGAUCAUGGGGUUUGCACAAAAUGGAUUGGCAUGGGAAGCACUUAAGCUAUUCGAAAGGAUGAAGGGUGCAUCCAUCGCGCCCAACUAUGUCACAUUUCUCGGGCUGCUCUGCGCAUGUAGCCAUGCUGGACUGGUCGACGAGGGACGUCAGUUCUUCCGUGAAAUGCGGCAUGUAUACAGGAUUGAGCCAAUGAUGAGACACUACAGCGCUAUGGUUGAUGUCCUAGGGCGCAACGGUCGCCUCCAGGAAGCUUAUGACUUUGUUAUGGACAUGCCUGUCGAGGCUGACCCAGUUGUCUGGAGGACAUUGUUGGGCGCCUGCCAACUGCAGAGCUCCAAGGACUGCAUCGACAUUGUCAGCAAGGUGCAGAAGCGAUUGCUUGAGCUGGAGCCCAGGAGAAGCGGGAACUAUGUGAUGGUCGCCAACAUCUACUCUGACAUUGGGUCGUGGGAUGAAGCUGCGAAGGCGAGGAGGCUGAUGAGGGAAGGGGGGAUGAAGAAGAUGGCAGGAGAGAGCUGUGUCGAGGUUGGGGGGCAGGUGCAUUGCUUCAUCUCCGGAGACGAUUCUUGCCCUGAAUAUCAUGGGGCUUUUAGCAUUGUCCAUGAAUUGGAUCUCAACAUGAGAAAAUGUGAACCUAUUGACGGAGUUUCGCUUAUCGACGUUCACUGAGUACAUAGCGUGCAAUGACAGCUUAUUGCAUCUGCAUCUGCGCAGAGCCUUUCAUCCACCUUACUCUAUAACCAAACAGCCAAGUGUUCUUGUUAAUUCCUGGAAUCACACAAAACAGGACCUGGUGUUCCCGUUUUUUCUGUGAAUAACAUAUUAAUUUGCUCUUUUCAACAGAAUUAUGGCAUUCUUUUUUUCUUC